AUGUUGCUCUCGACGCCGAUCGUUGCACUGACACAGCUCAUACUCUCGGCGCUUCAUCUGAACGAAUUCAAAUCUACACCACACUCAGCGUCAACAUCGUCAACAUCCGCACGCCUUGAAUGGAGCGGAGACCUCCCACCGUUUCCGGACAAUUCGGGCGCCUUGGUUUCUGCGUGCACGUUUGCUGUGGGACCACCCGGUCCACCGGCCAGUGCGCUAUGUCCCGCCUUCAACGCGUUCUGCUCCUCGUUCCGUGAUGACAUGCGCGCACGUCAUAUUCGAAGCCUCAAAUCCACCGCACCCUUUCCUCGUCCUUUCUCAGCUUCCGCAAAUGACGACGAUGACCAAGGCAACCCUUUGCAUCACGUUAAAUUCCGCACUGGCUGCACAGGAGGUGCCGAAACCGCCUCUGAUGGAAGCUACAUCUCGGCGUACACUGCCACUUGCAUCGUCGACGGCGUAGAUUGGGUCCCUUACGUCUUUGAUCAGUUCCUGAGAGCAGAGUUCAGCGAAAAGGACAAACAAGAGUUGCCCAUCUAUAGCUCCUUUGUUGGAUGCCAGGUUCCUGCCCGCUUGUAG